AAUAGCAGUAGUCGCAGUAGUAGCAGUAAUAGUAGCAGUAGCAGCAGUAGGAGUAGUAGUAGCAGUAGCAGCAAUAGCAACAGCAGUAGCAGCAGCAGCAGUAGUAGCAGUAGUAGCAGUAGCAGUAGUAUUAGCAGUAGCAGUAGCAGUAAUAACAGUAGUAGCAGUAGCAGCAGUAGCAGCUGCAGUAGCAGCAGAAGUAGCAGUAGUAGCAGUAGUAGCAGUAGUAGUAGUAGUAGUAGUUGCAGUAGCAGUAGCAGUAGUUGCAGCAACAACAGCAGCAGUAGUAGCAGUAGUAGCAGUAGAAGCAGUAGCAGUAGUAAGAGUAGUAGGAGUAGUAGUAACAGUUGCAGCAGUAGUAGCAGUAGCAGCAGUAGCAGCAGCAGUAGUAGUAGCAGUAGCAGUAGCAGUAGCAGUAGCAACAGUGGUAGUAACAGCAGCAGCAGUAGUAGUAGUAGCAGCAGCAAUAGCAGCAGUAGUAGUAGCAGCAGUAGUAGCAGUAAUAGCAGUUGUAGCAUUAGCAGCAGUAGCAGAAGUAACAGUAGCAGAAUAGCUGCAGCCGCUGCAGCAGCAUUAACAGCAGCAACCUCUGCAGCAACAGUAGCAGUAGUAGCAGUAGUAGUAGUAGUUGUACAGUAG